GAAGCUAUGGAUGUUUCAGAAGGUCUUCAGAGACGUCCACAGGCCUCUGAGUUCACAGGAUCUGAAUUCCCAGAAGAAGAUGAAGCCAGAGAUGUCUUGGAAGGUCUUCACGGAGGGCCAAACAUCUCCAUGUUGGGAGGAAUCAAAAUCCCAGGAGAUGAUGAAGCCACGGGUGUCUUGGAAGAAGGUCUUCAGAGGGGAGCAAAGCUCUCAAAGUUUGGAGGAUCUGAGAUCCCAAGUCAAGACGAAGUCUUGGAAGAAGGUCUUCAAAGAGGAGCAAAGUUCUCAAAGUUUGGAGGCCCAGAGCUUCCAAGAGAAGAUGAAGCUACGGUUAUCUUGAGAAGGAUGAAGACCUCGGAGUUCAGGGAAGACGGUGUUGGACCUCACUCAAAGGUCUCUCAACCGGGUCAGACCUUGGCACGUGGUGAGGUCUUGGGGUCCUUGGGAGACGGCUUCCAACCGUGGUCUCCUGAAGAGCCGGUCUGCCGAGUGAAGCUGGACCAAGGCAGCGUCUGGGGUCCCAACCAUCUCGAGGUGGUGGGCCUCCUCACCGGCUACGACAGUGGGUUCCUCAAGGCGCUCGGCCGCUCAACUUGGAGUCUUGAAGAGCGAGAGGCCUUUGGGGUCUGCCCCACGGAGACCGGACCCCGCGGCCUCCUCUCCUCCCUCCGGCGAGUCGGAGAAAGCUUGGCCGACCCCGUGGAGAGCCGUUUCCUCCUGCUUCACUUGGAAGAAGUGAAAUGGGAGGCCGAGACGAAGCUCCGCUUCAAGGUGAUGUUUCCAGAGGAGGUCGGGGAGUCUUUGGGGCCCCCGCAGCACUCUCUCCUGGUGUUUUACCGCGGCCGGAGGGACGGCGGACGCAACCGGGAGACGUUCCUCGUCGGGGGAGAAGGCCUACGCCCGAAACAGGUGGUCUGCCUCUCCCGGGGAACCCGCUUCCUCGUCCUCCAAGGCUCCGAGGUUCUGGGGAGACGUGGGGUCGGCCACCUGAGCCUCGAACUCGCCUUGGAAAUCCGACGUCAAAGCCACCCAGACGUCCCCCUCUCCCCCCGGGAGGCCCAGGAGCUCCUCUUCGGCUUCGACCCCAAGUGUUUCACCCGCAUGACCCCGAUGGUGUUGCUCUCGGUGAAGCGUUAUCCCGGACCCACGUCCCAUCCACCUCCCAGGUCUUCGUUCCUCGCCGCCAGCGGUAGGUUGGACACGGUCCCGUACCUGGCGCCCAGCGCUUUGCCCGCUGUCGGCGCUCCACUGUCGGCCCCGAACACUUCGGCGCCCUCCGACACCCGCCGCUUCCUGGCCUGCCUCUCCCGCUUCGUCCACCGGGUCCUGAGCCCUGCCGCGGAUACGGGGUCCGCCUCCCGGGCCCGCUUGCGCCUGGACUUCGACGCCAUGGAGGCCCUCCCGCACUUGCGCCUCAACCUGUCGGAAGAGGUGGCGCUGGAGCGACUGGUGCACUCCGAGGACCAGUUGGUGGUCUUCUUCCCGGAAGACGGCCGGGCCUUGGCGGAGGACCAGGUGGAGAACUGGCGCCUGGAGGGGCCCUUGCUGCGGCAGAUGAUGGAGAAACUCCGCGAGGUGAUCUGGGACCUCAAGGCGGUGCCGGCUUUCCGGGCCAACGCUGAGCUUUUCCGCACCCUGACCGCGUUCUGCUACCUCCCGGUUAUGUCGGACUUGGACAGCGAGGGGGUACCGAGGAGCAAAAUCCACAGCCUGUUGCUGCUCAAGGCGCUCCAGGCCGUGCGGGCCCGUUGGCGGGAGUCGAGGCGGGCCCACCGCAGCGCCCGGGACAGCGCCACCCGCCGCGACGACGACUACUGCCAGCUGCGGGACCUGCAAGUCGACCUGGUGUCCACCGGGUACAUCAUUCUGCCCGAGUCGUACAACGCCAACAACUGCGCGGGUCCCUGCCGCAGCCCGCUCUCCACCCGGGUCUCGGACUAUUACUCCCACACCGUCUUCCUCUUGCGGAUGCAGGAGCAAGGCUCGCCGCUCGACCGGGCCCCCUGCUGCGUGCCGGUCAAGUACGCCCAGAGCCACAUGGUCACCUUCACCAGCGACCAAGGGCUGAUGGUGAAGGUCUACCCGGACAUGGUGGCCAAGGCGUGCGGGUGCCGGUAGAGCGAGGAGGACUGUCCUCCGGACUCACAAAACCCGUACUGGUGCCGGUCGAGCGGGGAGGACUGUCCGCCUGACUCUGAAAUGCGUACAGGUGCCGGUAGAGCUGGGAGGACUGUCUGCCGGACUCUGAAACCCGUACGGAUGCCAGUCGAGCAGAGAGGACUGUCUGCCGGACUCUGAAACCCGUACGGAUGCCAGUCGAGCAGGGAGGACUGUCUGCCGGACUCUGAAACCCGUACGGAUGCCAGUCAAGCAGGGAGGACUGUCUGCCGGACUCUGAAACCCGUACGGAUGCCAGUCGAGCAGGGAGGACUGUCUGCCGGACUCUGAAACCCGCACGAGUGCCAGUUGAGCUGGGAGGACUGUCCGCCGGACUCUGAAACUUGUACAGGUGCCAGUUGAGCAGGGAGGACUGUCCGCCGGAAUCUGAAACUUGUACAAGUGCCGGUUGAGCGGGGAGGACUGUCCGCCGGACUCUGAAAUCCGUACGAGUGCCAGUCGAGCAGGGAAGACUGUCCGCCGGAUUCUGAAACACGUCGGACUCUGAGAACCCGUACGGGUGCCAGUCGAGCAGAGAAUACUGUCCGCCGGACUCGUGAAACACGUACUGGUGCCGGUCGAGAGAUGAGGACUGUCCGCCGGACUCUGAAACCCGUACGGGUGCCGGUCAAGCGGGAAGGACUGUCCACCGGACUCGUGAAACGCAUACGGGUGCCGGUAGAGCGCUGACGUAUCCGCGGGACUCGCUGAACCCGAAUCCCCGCAACAGUAUCCCAACACUCCUCCCCUUGGUACUGUAUAGACCUGCCCAUACGUUGGGACUCUCAACUAAGCUCCUAUCACGUAUAUAUGUGACUACGAAGUCCACGGAUCCUUGGGACCAGAAUCCCCGCGACGGUAUCCCCCUUGGAACUAUAUAGACCUGCCCGUACGACUAUCAUAUAUAUCAUAUAUACUCACGUAUAUUUGGGUACUACAAUGAUGGCUUUUUGAUACUCCCUAUAUACCAUAUAGACGCAAUGUAUGACUCAAGGACUCCUGCAUAUUCCAAAUGGCAGGCCUAUAUACUAGUAGUGGCCAAAAUUCCAGAUUUUGAUACGAGCUCCUAUGGCUACCCUAUAUACUCAUGUAUAUGUUGUCGUCAUGUACGUGGAUGGUGAUAUGCGUUCCGAUGACUAUCAUAUAUAUUAAUGUAUACGUUGACCUUAUGGGACUCAAACUAUGGAUUUUGGUUUGAGCUCCUAUGGCUACCCUAUAUACUCAUGUAUACGUUGACGUCAUGUAUGUCGAGGGCAGGUUACGGAUUUUGAUAUGCGUUCCGAUGGCUAUUAUAUAUAUUAAUGUAUAUGUUGACUUUAUGGGACUCAAACUAUGGAUUUAGAUAUGAGCUCCUAUGGCUACCCUAUAUACUCAUGUAUACAUUGAUGUCAUAUAUGUCUAGGACAGGUUAUGGAUUGUGCUAUGCGUUCCGAUGGCUAUUAUAUAUAUUAAUGUAUAUGUUGACUUUAUGGGACUCAAACUAUGGAUUUUGAUAUGCUUUCUGAUGGCUACCGUAUAUAUUAUUGUAUAUCUUGACCUCAUGGGACUCAAACUAUGGAUUUUGAUAUGCUUUCUGAUGGCUACCGUAUAUAUUAAUGUAUAUGUUGACCUAGUGGGACUCAAACUAUGGAUUUUGAUAUGCUUUCUGGUGACUACCAUAUAUAUUAAUGUAUAUGUUGACUUUAUGGGACUCAAACUAUGGAUUUUGAUAUGCUUUCUGAUGGCUACCGUAUAUAUUAAUGUAUAUGUUGACCUAGUGGGACUCAAACUAUGGAUUUUGAUAUGCUUUCUGGUGACUACCGUAUAUAUUAAUGUAUAUGUUGACUUUAUGGGACUCAAACUAUGGAUUUUGAUAUGCUUUCUGAUGGCUACCGUAUAUAUUAAUGUAUAUCUUGACCUCAUGGGACUCAAACUAUGGAUUUUGAUAUGCUUUCUGAUAGCUACUGUAUAUAUUAACGUAUAUGUUGACUUUAUGGGACUCAUGCUAUGGAUUUUGAUAUGUUUUCUGAUGGCUACCGUAUAUAUUAAUGUAUACGUUGACCUUGUGAGACUCAAACUAUGGAUUUUGGUAUGAGAUCCUAUGGCUGUCCUAUCGACUCAUAUAUACGUUGACAUCAUGUAUAAAAUAAAUAAUAUAAAUACAAAUAAUAUUAAAAUAUAAU